CUCUCUCUCUCUCUCUCUGUUUCUCCCUCUUCCUCUCUUUCGAAGGCUGCCCUGGUUGGCAGAUACCCGGGUGCACAUGCUGCUGGUGUGCACAUUUUCACUCAAUUGCCGUCCUCCCUGUCCCUGCCCGUGUCCCUGCCUCUCCCCCUCUCUCGGUCUCUUUCCUGGGGGCAGCCCCCCGCCGCACCCCCUCCCGUUCCUCGGCCCGCGGUAACGGUUUUCCCGACUCCCGAGCUCGGCCAGGUCUUUCGGUCCCCGGGGGAGGGGGGUAGGCCGGGAGCCGGAGAUAAAAAGCCGCCUUCCUGGUGACGAGGGCGGGUUGUUAUUUUUUCCUCACCACUCCCGCCCGAACCCAACAGGGCGCCACACUGUGGCAGCCGGCAUGCGCGUGUCCAGCGGUCAGGCGAGUCUGGCGCGCAUUUCCGCCCGGGCAACACCCACGUUAGAGCCCGG